AUGAGGCCUCACGGUAUCUCGAAAGAACAACUAAAUUUACGAGCCUUUCCUUUUUCCCUUACGGAUGUAGCAAAGAGAUGGCUCUACUACGUAGAACCGGGUUCCAUAACCACUUGGGGUAGUCUAAAAAAGAAAUUCUUAGAGAAAUUUUUCCCCGCCUCUAGAGCAAACAAUAUUAGGAAAGAAAUUUAUGGGAUAAGACAAGCCUUUGGAGAAUCCCUCUCGAAAUACUGGAAAAGAUUCAAAGAGCUUUGUGCUAGCUUUCCACACCAUCAUAUUUCCGACCCUUCUUUAAUUCAAUAUUUUCACUCCGGUCUUUUGUCUUUUGAUAGGAAUACGAUAGAUGUGGUGGCAGGAGGAGCUCUAGCCGACAAGACACCCACCGAAGCACGGGAGCUCAUUUCAAGAAUGGUUGAAAAUUCUCAAAGCUUUGGGAGUAGAGCAUCGGAGCUUGACAAUUCUCUAACAAAAGAGGUAAGUGAAUUAAAAUCACAAAUGUUAAAUAUGACUACUCUUCUUACUUCUUUUGUACAAGGUACUCCUCCUAAAGUAACCAAGUGUGGAGUUUGUGGCUUGGUUGGUCAUCCAAAUGACAAAUGUCUCAAGGUGAUCGAGGAUGUAAACAUUGUUCGAAGAUAUGACCCCCACAGUAAUACAUACAAUUCGGGGUGGAGAGACAACCCAAACUUAAGAUGGGGGAAUGACAACCAAAAGCAUACACAAGCACCAUCCACCUCUUCAAACCAAGGUACGAAUCUUGAAGAUAUUAUCAAAGCUUUGGGAACUAACACUCUUUCUUUUCAACAAGAGAUGAAACAACAAAUGACUCAACUUACCACCGCCAUAAGCAAGAUGGAUGGGAAAGGCAAACUUCCGGCUCAACCAGACUAUGCUAAUGUAAGUGCAAUUUCACUAAGGAGUGGUAAGAUUCUUGACACUCCUACCACCAAAGAGAAAAAGGUAACUUCCAAACCCUUACCUCUUAAUAGUAAGAAUGAGUCUAAGGAAGAAAAGGUUGAAAUAAACCCCUCACCAUCUAAUUCUAAAAAUGAUAAAUCUCUUCUUAAUGAUUUUACUCCUACAUACAUAAACCUCUUUUUCCCUCAAGGUUGA